AUGUUACACAGAAUUUUGUCAAAUUUAAUAUUAUUGAUAUCAUUAACUUUAUCAUCAUCAUCAUCAUCAUCGAUGCUAUGGAAAUCAAUUUCACGUCGACAAAAUGAAUUUCCAUUAUGUAAUCCUAUUGAAGGUUUUGAAUGUUUAUGUUCAUAUUCUCGUUUAUCAUGUCGAACUAAUCAUGGUUUUUCAUUACCAUUAAUUAUAUCAGACGAUGAAAAAAAUAAAUAUGAAUCAAUUGAAUUGAUUAUAUCAACAGAAGAUGAAGUUCAAGUUAAUGAUCGAACAUUUGAAUCAAUAAAGCAAUUAUUAAAAACUGAAGAAAAUCAUUUGGAAUUUAUAAUUAAAUUUGAAAAAUUCAGUGAACUCCGUUUAUCAUCCCCUGGUUUAUUUAAUAAUAUAUUUCCUGAUAAUCUAUCUCUUUAUUCACAAAAACAUAUUACAUUUCAUAUCAUUAAUCAUGAAAUACCGCAAAAUGAAAAUAUAAAUUUAUUUGAAAAUUUAAAUGUUGAUGGAUUAGAAAUUUAUUCGUAUUAUCCAUUUCAUAGUACAUUUCAACAAUUAUUUAAUGGAUCAAAUAUAAAGGAUUUACGUCUAGCUGGUGCUGGUAUUCGUUCAGAUUUAUCUCAAAAAUUCACAGGAAAUAUUGUACGUUUAGAAUUAAUUAAACAAGCUAAGUCUUUAUCAAUAAAAACAUUUCCUCUUUAUCCGGUACAUGAAUAUAUUGCAAGUGCUUUUUAUCUGACUGAAUUUAAUGCUGAAAAUCAGCCAAAUUAUGCUAAUUUAGUUGAAUUACGUAUUCAUAGUCAAGAAUUGAUUCCAGCUAGAGCUUUCCAACAAUAUCCUAAUAUUCAAAUGUUAUCAAUAAAAACUGAUAAAUAUAUUGAUGUAGAUGCUUUAGAUGGUUUAAACAAGUUGGAAAAAUUAUCUAUUAUGGAACCCAAUCCAUCAUUAGCCGUUUUAAACAAGGCAACAACUGUUAAAGAAUAUGAAACAAAUAUUGAAAAAUUAGAUGAAGAUUCUCAAUGUAAAUUAGUUGAUAAAGUUUCUAAUGGAGAAAUUUUCGUUCGAGCUCUACGAAAUGGAAAUGAAUGUAAUUGUAUGAUUGCUUACUUAUAUAUUGUUGUAGGACAAAGUUUAUGUGACAUAGAUAAUUGCGAAUAUUCAACAUGUUCUGCUAUAAGAAAUAAUUAUGAUUCAUCUUUACGUGCGUUUAAAAUGCCACCAUCUAUUUUUCGUGCUGAUGGAACAAAUAUCCUAGACGAAAGGCGAAUAAAUAUCUACACGAAACCAUAUAAAAUACCUGAAAAUGACAGAAAAAAAUAUGAUAAAGCUAUGAAGCAAUAUUUACUAACAACAGAUUCUACACAAAAAUUAUCGGAGUACGAACCAGAUGAAACUAAUCAACAAACAGCAACAAAAACUGAGCCACAUCAAGAUGAUAAUCGUAAUGAUGAUGAACUAAAUAGGGUCGAUCAAGAUAAAGAUAAAGAUAAUGAAAAUGAACAAACAAAUCCACCACUAUCAAAUGAAUUAGUUUCAUCUAUUGAUCAACAAGCAGAAAUCAAGUCAUCAAAAAAACAAAUGAAUGGACCAGUUAUUUUACUUUUAGUUGUAUUUAUUAUUGUUAUCAUUACUAUUAUUAUUAUUAUUUUGGCCAGUUUUAUUUUUAAUCGAGAACAUGCCGAUCUUAAUCGUAAAUUAAGAACGGACUACCCUGAAGUGUCUCAAAAUGUCGUGCGCCUUGUCAUUAUUUUUCUUUCUCAACAUAAUUCAGCAGCAACAAUGGUUAAAGCCCUUCAUUGGACUCGACCACAUGAAUUUCAAGGUGAAGUGACAAAAAAAGAUUUUGUUCUAGUGGAAGAAGAACUCUCCGAAGAUCUCAAAGACGGAGAAGUACUUUGUGAAGCUGUCUAUCUCUCGGUUGAUCCGUAUAUGCGAGUAAUUAAGUCGCGUAAUGGUGAAUUUCCUGUCGGUACACUUGUGAAAUCAUAUAGCGGAUGGCGAACUCAUUUUUUAUCAAAAGACGGCAAAGAUCUUGAAGUAAUUCCAUUCGAUUUGGGGUCUCUUUCACCAUCUAUUACACUUAAUGUGCUUGGCAUGCCGGGAAUGACGGCCUAUUUUGGUCUUCGUUUAUGUGAACCAAAACCGGGGGAAGUAUGCGUUGUCAAUGGAGCUGCUGGGGCAGUUGGAGCAAUCACGGGUCAAUUAGCUAAACUUAAAGGCUUAAAAGUGAUUGGUUUUGCUGGUACCGAUGAAAAAUGUCAAUGGUUAACUAAGGAACUCAAUUUUGAUUAUGCUUUCAAUUAUAAAAAAAUAUCGAUUGCCGACGCAUUGAAGAAAUCAGCUCCUAAUGGAGUUGAUGUUUUCUUCGACAACAACAAAAUUAAAUACAAAGAGACGGUAUAUGAUGGAUUCAAAACAAUGCCUGAAGCAUUUAUAGGUCUCUUUCAAGGUAGCAAUACAGGCAAAGCUGUUGUUAAAGCAAGCAAUUAUCCAUAA